GUAAUGGUGCACAUGAAUGUCCUGGCAGAUGUUCUCAAGAGCAUUAACAAUGCCGAAAAGAGAGCCAAACACCAGGUUCUUACUAUCCCAUGCUCCAAAGUCAUCAUCCAGUUUCUAACUGUGAUGAUGAAGCAUGGUUACAUUGGCAAAUUUGAAAUCACUGAUGAUCACAGAGCUGGAAAAAUUGUUGUGAACCUCACGGGCAGGUCAAACAAGCGUGGAGUGAUCAGCCCUAGAUUUGAUGUACAACUCAAAGAUCUGGAAAAAUGGCAGAAUAAUCUGCUCCUAUCCUGCCAGAUCGGUUUCACUGUGCUGACAACCUCGGUUGGCAUCAUGGACCACAAAGGAGCAAGACGAAAAUACACAGGAGGGAAAAUCCUGGGCUUCUUUUUCUAG